AUGUCGUCAACGGACAAUGUUCAGUCAAGCGAAUCUAUCAUACCAGAAGAUUGGGUCAAGAAAUACAAGCUCUUUGAAGACACAGCGCUCCUGGCUCCCCUGCUGUCCCCUGAAGUCAUACAUCAAUUGGUGACGGGCAAUUCGGUAUCAUUAAACCAGAACCAUGCGGGCUUCAUGGUGUUUCCACUUGACGACUACCUCGGCACUGUUACUGCGGUCGGGCAAAAGCAUCCCCCAGGCAGAUUCGGCACUCCGGCCAGAUUGUUGCCUGGUCAUUCCAUGAUAUCCAUUCGUGGAUCUCCACGCUUGUCUCUUCUCGCCCACCUAGGGAUGAGGAUAGGCCUUGAGCCAGCUGAUAUCUUCGACCACGCCAGCAUCCCUGAUUCGUUCCGGGUGAGCGGCCUCCCUCAAUAUCCGAAGCCGGUUCUUACCUUUCGAAUGGUAUCCUUCGGCAGGUGGUACAGAGCGCAUAGCCGUGUCGGCCAACGACACUUGGAUCUGUCCACCGAACAGUUUGCUAGGCGGGAUACAAUAGGCGACCAGCGUGAGGGCAGUGAACAAUUCCGCCAUAUCAAUCUUCAUGCGGCCGACUUCAUCAGUGUGGAGCAAAAUGUGUCCUUCCUAGUAUACAGCCGGGAGCAGGAUGACAACAGCAGAGGCUGGUCCGGCAUCUUGCUCAACGACAGUGGGGAGCAGAGUACCGCAGUACCGUGGGCCUCGUUGAAAACGCGGGACCAUCCAGCAUUUUUCCCCCUCGUGCGAUCUGGCCGAUGCACCGUUAGCACCGACCUGAGCUGGCAUCCCCCUCACAACACCCAGGACAGCGGUAGUUACUCCAGCCCAGACCCAUGCGAGUCGCGGGCCCGCCAUGACAGCCGCUGCUUUAUGAAUGCCCAGGUGAAGGGGCUCGCGUGCCAAGACCCUUUAGUUGUAGUCUUCGAUCUGCUCACGACAUCGGCACUAUCAUGGAGCCGCUGCUUUGACUUCCUCCACGCUCUGCAUCACAAUAGGGGACAUGAUGAUGUCGAGGACCGUGUUGCAUUUCUUCUCCGGGACCGUCAAGUUCUGCACAAUGCCAGGGCCUACUUCUCUGACAUGCUUUCUUUCCUUCGGCGUCGGGAGCAGCUGACGUGGCCCCAUGCCGCCACGCAGCAAGAUCGCGUCAGGGUCGAUGAGAUGAUCGAGUCAGCCGUGGAAACGCUGGUACAUUUGGACCAGAGGGCCGAUGACCUCUCUCGCAUGUGUGCCGAGUCGAUCGCGGUCGAGAUGAACGUCAUCAGCAUCACAGAGGCGCGCAAGGGGCUCGCCCAAGCGUCCCGUAUCGAGCUCCUCACGGUCCUUGCCUUUUUAUUCAUUCCAAUGUCCUUCGUCAGCUCGUUUUUUGGCAUGAAUGUGCAGACUUUCAAGGACCCUGGCCCGCCGCUGGUAACAUUCUUUCAGGUAGCCAUUCCCAUCACCCUAGUAAGUGUGGCGGUUCCUUUGGUGCCAUGGAUCAAGCGCUUGUGGUUAUGGUUGACCAGUUCUCAAUGGUGGUCUUGAAGCGGGUGAUUUGGGGCCACACAACUACACUACACCAAGCCACGUCUAGAGGUUUAG